CAGUGUGCAUGUGGUGCCAUAAAGCUCCACAGCAGUGGUGAUGCACACAGCUGUUGUCAGAAUAGUGUUGUGUGUCCGGAAUGAUAAGCUUCCUGGAAGCACCCUGGCAGAGCGGAAAAUUGGCUUGUAUGACACCAUGCGGCGUGGCCUUUCUCUGUUGUUGCUUUAACUCACGAGUAACCAGAACUGCAUCCUGUAAUGCUAAGGAUAUCAGCAAGACACUGUCAGUUCACCCAGGUUAUCUCCUUGCAGAAAUAGACAGUUGUGUGUUUGACAUAGCGGCAGCGUGGAGUGUAUCCAGGAUUAGAUACUGGAGUAUAAAUAAGGCGAUACUCUUGAUGAGGACUAAAAUGUGAAGUGACAUUGUUUUUAUUAAGUGACAAUAAAGUAAGAUGUCAAGAAUAGCUCGGGGGGAUUGCUAUAAAGGCGGCUGAGACAGGUUAUUUUAAAGUGGUAUUGUACUGGGGCAUGCUUCACUAGUAAUAUUUAGUGUGAUGGUAAUCCAAUGGAUAAUCCACAGGAUUAGCUAUUGUUUCCAUUACAGCCUCCCUUUGCAGCCAGUUGCAAAAUACUUUAUAAUCAGCACCUGUCAAAAUGAUCACUUGUUUCUUUACAUGGAUGAUAUUUGAAAAGAAAGAUAGCAAAGAAUGAAAAAGUACAAGUAAAGACAAGUAUCAACAGAACAUCGGAUAACAGAAAAAGAUAAUUAGAAAAUGUCAGGCAACCAAGUAAAGAGAAUAAAUGUGAAACUGUAAAAAUGAACUGGGUGCAGAUGAACCGUAACUAGGCUAAGAUGUGACUGCAUUACAUUGGAGAUUUUUAAGGGUUUUGAUUGGAAUUGUGUUUAAGAGCUAGUCUACAGGGCAUGAACAGCUGCAGCAACUUAACAUCAUUUGAACCAACAUGAGCAGUUCUCACAGAGCUCUCCAGGUGUCGAUGCUGUUAGCUCUUGGAUUUACUGCACCCUAACCCAGAUAUGCCUCGCCAAUUUCCAAAGGUAACUCUGAGUGAGGCUGAGGAGGAGACGCAAUUGCUAGCAGAGAAGGUAUACGCAUCUGCGCUAAAGGAAGAAGACCACAAGGAUGCCUUAUCAAUGUUCACUGUGCCUGAGGACUGUCCAAUUGGCCUGCAACAAGCCAAGGAACUUGAACUGCUCAAGGAGCUGGCAGAGCAGCAGUCAGAGGAGAGCACCAAGAGGAAGAAAAGUUUGAAGAUGAUUCGCUCCCAGUCAAUGUCUCUGCAGAUCCCAGUGAAUGCAGACUUGACGCGGUCGGUGGCAGCCACACCAUUCAUGUCCCCCAGCUCCACCUGCUCGUCACUGCCAGAAACCUGUCCCGAUUACCAACGGGUCACUAUUAGUGGUGAUUACUGUGCUGGGAUCACAGUGGAGGACUAUGAACAGGCAGCCAAAAGUCUCUUUAAAGCUCUGCUUAUUCGUGAGAAAUACUCAAAGCUAGCCUAUCAAAGAUUUUGCAGAACCACAGCCCAGUUCCUCCGCAGUGCUCAGAACAUGAGAUGGAAUGAAGAAGAUGAAGUUCUACCAGAUAUGUGCCCACAUCCAAAAGAUGGGGAAGAUCCCUACAGCAUGGAGAACAUCCCUGAGAACCUGAACUAUGAACUGAAGAUGAAGGAUGGGAUAGUGCAUGUGUAUGAUAAUGCAGAGGCUGUGAGAGAAAACCGGCCCCACGACCUUCCUUACCCAGACUUAGAGACCUUUGCCAUUGACCUCAGUCACGUGCUUGCAAUGAUUGCAGAUGGACCCACGAAGACCUACUGUCACAGACGGCUGAAUUUUUUGAGCUCAAAGUUCUACCUCCAUGAGAUGCUCAAUGAGAUGGCUGAGCUAAAGGAACUAAAGAGUGUGCCUCACAGAGAUUUCUACAAUGUUAGAAAGGUGGACACACAUAUUCAUGCGGCUGCCUGCAUGUCUCAGAAACACCUGCUGACCUUCAUCCAGAAAACAUACAAGACUGAUGCUGACCGUGUGGUGCUGGAAAAGGCAGGACAAAAGAUGACUCUCCAGCAGGUUUUCCAUAACCUCAAUAAGGACCCCUAUGACCUCACCGUGGACUCUCUGGAUGUACAUGCUGGGAGACACACCUUCCACCGGUUUGAUAAGUUCAAUUCCAAGUAUAACCCAGUGGGAGCCAGUGAACUUCGAGAGAUCUUCCUGAAAACAGACAACUUCAUUAAUGGAGACUAUUUUGCUCGCAUCAUAAAGGAAGUGGCCCAUGACCUGGAGGAGAGUAAGUACCAGCACGCAGAGCCUCGCCUUUCCAUCUAUGGACGCUCUCCAGAUGAGUGGGACAGUCUGUCUAAGUGGUUCAUUAACCACAAGCUGCACUCUCCGAACAUGCGGUGGAUGAUUCAAGUGCCCAGGAUAUAUGAUAUUUUCAAGUCAAAGAAGCUGGUAUCUAAUUUUGCCAAGAUGCUGGAGAACAUUUUCCUUCCUCUGUUUGAGGCUACCGUCAACCCACAGAAACACAAAGAACUCCACGUUUUCCUCAAAUAUGUGUCAGGCUUUGACAGCGUGGAUGAUGAGUCCAAACACAGCGAUCACAUGUUCUCCUUCAGGAGCCCAAAGCCAGAACAGUGGACAACAGAUGACAACCCUCCCUACAGCUACUACCUCUUCCACAUGUAUUCCAACAUCAUGGUCCUCAACAAUCUCAGAAAAGAGCUUGGACUGAGCACCUUCCAGUUCCGUCCCCAUUGUGGAGAAGCUGGAUCAAUCACUCAUUUGGUCUCUGCCUUUCUCACAUCUGACAACAUCUCACAUGGACUCAACCUGAAGAAGAGCCCUGUGCUGCAGUACCUGUACUACCUGGCCCAGGUGCCAAUUGCCAUGUCCCCACUCAGCAACAACAGCUUGUUCCUGGAAUACUCCAAAAAUCCUCUAAGAGAGUUCCUGCACAAAGGUCUGUGUGUGUCCCUGUCCACGGACGACCCCAUGCAGUUCCACUACACCAAGGAACCCCUGAUGGAAGAGUACGCCAUCGCAGCUCAGCUGUGGAAGCUCAGCACCUGUGAUGUAUGUGAGAUAGCCAGAAACAGUGUGCUGCAAAGUGGACUGUCUCACCAGGAUAAGAGGCACUUCUUGGGAGUGAGCUAUCAGAAAGAUGGACCCGAGGGAAAUGAUAUCCGUCGCACCAACGUUGCCCAGAUCCGCAUGGCCUACAGACACGAGACACUGUGUAAUGAGCUUAGCUUCAUAGUCGACGCAGUGAAGUCUGAAGCUUUGAGUGAAUGAAAUGGACCUACCAUUAGACAGAAUCCAAGCAUGCUGAGCUCUCAAUAACCACACUUUACCUUUAUUUUGAAAAGUGCUGGUGGGUGACUGUGAUGAGUCAAUGAAAACUGUGAUGUCCUGCUUAGCUGGCCACAAGUUAAUAACAAAAGGAUUACUGGAUGACUGAUGGCACUUUGGCUGCUGUGGAGGGUCAGACGUGUGUGAAGAAGGGUCACAUGCUUGUCAUUACACAAUCCUGCUAUGUAUAAACAACUGCACCUUCCAUAUUGUAAUGGGGGUAUGUCAUAACCUUUGAGUUUUUCAGUUACAGUAUGCACUGUACAUCGGACAGAGAAACACUUACACUUGAGAGAGCUCUACACAGUGUUAGUUCAGAGCAGUCUGAUAAGAGAUGAAUGAUGUCUGGGACAUUCCCUCUGUCUCUCCCUUAAGACAAUUCAGUGAGUUUUUGGAGAGAUACCCACAAAUGAACACAAGGACUUGCUGUGGGAUGAAAAUGUCAUAAAAACACAACACAUUUACAUGUUCAUUAGCUGAGGCGGCAAACAGUAUGUGAAAAGCAUAAAAAGUCUUCAGGGCCUCAAAACGAUUGUAAUGCAAACAUCGCCAUCUAGUGGCAAAACUGCACCAUUUAAUAACGUCAGAUGACUGAAUAUACAGUACUUACAAAUACAUACCAAAAUAAGUGCAUUUCAAGGCCAUUUUAUAACAGAAAAACAAGGCACACAAAAAGGAACAUAUUUCUG